UCUAUUAUUGCUGCAACUUGCUGAGAACAUUUCAUUAUAGGAUCUUUCUUUCACUCAGUGCGACUCAGUCUGUUCUGUUCAGUUCUUUUUGACCAUCUUGAUGCCCAUACGCAAGAAAUGAAAUCUCAAGCCCCACCUUCCAAGAUUGCCUGUCUUUCGAACUCUAGGACUGGACUGCUAAACGGUUGGAACAUGGAGGGAAAUAGGCGCAAUGGUAGGUCUCGGUCAACUUCAAUUGGGCUAGGAUUUGAGCUUGGACGUGGUGGUUCUAGUCAAAGACCAAUAACUGGCUGCAAAAAACCUUAUGGGUUCACUAUUCUUCAACUGCAUGAGCUAGAACUUCAGUCUCUUAUCUACAAGUAUAUCCAAGCUGGAUUUCCUGUACCUUACCAUCUUGUUUUACCUAUAUGGAAAAGUGUUACUGCUUCCCUUGGUGGUCUCAGUUCAAGCUUGUACCAGCUCUACCCUAGCUUUAUGGGGUGUAAGUGUAACCCAUUAUAUUUGGAAUAUAAGAAAGGAACGGAACAUGAGCCAGGGAGAUGUAGGAGAACGGAUGGAAAGAAGUGGAGGUGUAGCAAAGAGGUUCUUCCAGAUCAAAAGUACUGUGACAGGCACAUACACAGAGGACGCCAGCGUUCAAGAAAGCUUGUGGAAGCUGCUUCUCAUAGUAAUACCAGCACCAACCUCUCCAUUUCUCUCCCUGGAAUCGGUGGUGCUACCGCCUAGCAGUACUAAUCUCUCUCCAAUAUGUUGUCUCUCUCAAAAGAGUGUUCUACACAAGAAAUAUGUAAUAGGAGCAGCUGCUAAAAAAGUUGUUUACGGAUUUCGAGAGUCGGUUUAAGCUAAUUUUCAAACAGAAGAAUCAAGCAUGUACUACGUACUAUGUAGUUUUACCCUUUUUUUCUUGUCUAACGUAAUUGAGUAAGGUUUAAAUUGGGACU